UUUCACUUGCACGCGCUCAUCAUGGUCCCUCAGGCUUCAGGUAGCACUCUGGUCAACCCGCCGCCUUCCAUCCAACUCACAUCCAUAUCCAUGACCAAACUAAAGCCUGCCAAAAUCAUCAAGAAUGCCGUGGAACCGACCCCACAGCCGGGACCGAGCGGAACGCCGCGACCGCAGUACUCUGGUCCACGACACAUAACAGGCAUCAGUUACGACGAUCGGGGAGACCAGGUUAUCACCGCGUCCGAGGAUGAGACGUUCCGCUUAUAUAACUGCAAGACGGGAAAGCAGACCAAAAUUCUACAUUCAAAAAAGUACGGUGUCGAUCUGCCCCGGUUCACGCAUAAGAACACGGCUAUUCUACAUGCCUCGACGAAAGAGGACGACACUAUUCGGUAUCACUCCCUGCACGACAACAAGUACCUGCAAUACUUCAAGGGUCACAAAGGGCGCGUGGUCUCGCUGGAAAUGUCGCCUGUUGAUGACGGUUUCAUGUCCGCUUCCCAGGACAGGACUGUUCGUCUCUGGGAUCUCCGAGCACCCACAUGUCGCGGGCUUCUCAGUGUUCCAUCUACUCCCGUUGUGGCGUACGAUGCGACGGGCCUUGUAUUCGCUGUUGCCGUGAAUCACUAUUCGCGCAUUCUUCUGUACGACCAGAAGAAUUACGACAAGGCUCCGUUUAUGGUCAUCACUUUGAACGACCCAACACUGGGCCAAAUCAGUUUUCCUCCGAGACCGAUCUUUAUGACGUCCAUGUCCUUCUCGAUCAACGGCCGCCAUCUGCUCGUCGGGUGCUCGGGUGAUGCACACUAUAUCGUGGACUCAUACGAAGGGCACAUCGCUGCCAAACUUGAAGGACAUGUCGGUCUCGAACGGCGGUCGAUCAGCUCUCCUCCUAUGAUCGAGCCGUCGAGAGGCAGCAGCGGGGAGGAAGUAGGCUGGACCCCAGACGGCAAAUACGUGGUCAGCGGGAGCCUGAAUGGGAAGAUCAUCGUCUGGGAUGUCCAGAGUCUCCAUGACCCGACUGGGGCCGUGGACCCGACGAAAAUGUUGCGAAUGCAGCCGCUGGUGAGUUUUGACGGACAUCCCGGGCCCUCGAGAUGUGUGAAGUUCAAUCCUCGUCUCGCCAUGUUGUGUUCUGCUGGAUCAGAACUGGCAUUCUGGUUGCCGGAUCUGACCAGCGACACGGAGGAGAUCGCUCAGGGCUUGUUGAAGAAGCGGUCCUCGUGAACAUUGUGUCUGUAGCGUACCUGUGUAUUAUUAAUAGGUAGAUUUCAAAAACCAUCGAACCCGCAUCGGAAAUAUCGUUUGUCA